AUGGUCAAUGCUGGUCAUGUGUACUCUGAAUUUGCGACCAACUUCCUACAAUAUGCGGACUCCAAGUCAAAUACGUACCACGUCCUUGAAUUUGAUAGAAAUACCACAAGAUUCAGAGUGGAGGAGAUGGUCAAUCCUAGAGAACGUUUUGAGAUUCGUCCCACUUGCUCUUCAUUCCCAUUUGGCCAGCAGUGUGCGAAGACCCUAAACUCUCUCUCAAAGUUCGUCUUUCAAUUAGAAGAGAUUUGGGAUGCUUCUCGUUGCAAGAAGAUAAGGUCUAUGGAGGGUCAUCGGUUACGUGUUGGAGCCUUGGCCUGGAGUUCAUCUCUUUUGUCUUCUAGCGGCAGGGAUAAGAAUAUUGAUCAAAGAGAUAUCCGUGCACAAGACAUCCGUGCACAAGACGAUUUUGUCAAUAAACUGUCAGGGCACAAAUCAGAGGUUUGUGGACUGAAGUGGUCUUAUGAUAACCGUGAGUUGGCAUCUGGAGGAAAUGACAACAGAAACUUGUGGAAUUUACCACUUCAAAUAUUAAGACAUUUGGAGAUACAUUUUCUUAAACAAUACCUGCUCUGCGCUUUCCAUUUUCUUAAUACAAAUAAAAUGGUGUUCAACCUUUAUAUUUGGCAGGUUUGCAAUCUCGUGUGGUCUAAAAAUGUCAACGAACUAGUAAGCACACAUGGUUACUCCCAGAACCAGAUAAUUGUUUGGAGAUACCCCACAAUGUCAAAGUUUGCCACUCUUACUGGCCACACAUACAGAGUUCUCUAUCUUGCCAUUUCUCCAUAUGGACAGACUAUUGUAACCAGAGCUGGAGAUGAAACACUUAGGUUCUGGAAUGUAUUCCCAUCCCCUAAAUCACAGUAUGUUUAG